CCCGGACUCGGUAAGUUCAAAACGAUUACAUUAAAUCCUCGGACUGGUCCAGCCCCUCCGCCUGUGCAGUGUUCCGGGAAUGACUCCCAAUCAUAACCUCGGCUUGCGGCGCCACCGAAAGGAUCAUCGUGCUGGCCUUGGUCCUUGGCCUAAGACCAAAAGCGGAGACGUGGGGGAACGCGGGGAAAGCAUACCCCCACAGGCGAAAGAUGGUAAUUGUGAACGUGGGGGGUGGCCUUGAGAAAUAAAUAGGACUCUUGGGCUCAGAAUCUCGGUCGCAUCUUCAUCGUGUCAGUCUAAACAAUUUCUUCGACAUGGCCAAACCAGUUGCUAUCCACGAUGAGGGCUCUCAUGUGGCCAAGCCAGAUCCCAACCUCGAGGUCGAUAUCCCACAUGUACCAUUGACCGAGGAAGACAACAAGCGAAUCUGCCGCAAGACCGACCGUACGAUCUUGGUCGUAUUGAUUUGGGUCUACUUCCUACAAAUUCUUGACAAAACGGUGCUUGGAUAUGGUGCGACCUUUGGUCUACGGACUGACACGCACUUGACCGGCAACGAGUACUCCCUCAUCGGUUCUAUCGGCCCAAUCGCCCAGUUGGCAUGGCAGCCAUUCUCAUCCUACUUGAUCGUCAAGGUGCCGCAUAAGAUCCUCAUGCCCGUCCUAUGCUUGGGAUGGGGCAUUGCUCAGGCGUGCAUGGCCGCUUGCCACAACUUCCAGCAGCUGAUGGCCGCACGCUUUUUCCUCGGCUUGUUCGAGGCCGGUUGCUUGCCCUUGUUUGGAGUCAUCACGAGUCAGUGGUACCGUCGUGCUGAGCAGCCUUUGCGCAUUGCGGCAUGGUAUGGUACCAAUGGAAUUGCAACCAUUGUGGCGGCUGCACUAUCUUAUGGUCUCGCACAUAUCAAGUCGGAUCUCUUGAAAUCUUGGCAAAUCAUUUUCCUCUUCGUCGGACUACUCACUAUCGUUUCGGCUCCGAUCGUCUACUGGCGUUUGGAUAAUGACGUGACCACCGCUCGCUUCCUUACCGAAGAAGAGAAGGCACAGGCAAUGGAGCGACUACGCGCGAACCAGACCGGUACGGGAAAUACGGAAUUCAAAUUCAGCCAUGUGUUGGAGGCUGCACUGGAGCCGAAGACCUACCUGUGGAUUGGCAUGGCUAUGCUCCUCAACAUCGGUGCUAGUGUCACCAAUAUUUUCGGGCCGUUGAUUCUCGGAGGCCUCGGCUACGACAAGUACACCACUAGUCUACUUACUAUGCCCUUCGGUGCGUUACAGACGAUUAUGAUCCUGCUCGCUAGUUAUCUGGCCCAAACUGCCCGUCUAAAGGGUGCUAUCCUCGCUUUUUUCAUGCUUCCCGUCGUGGCUGGCCUUUCCAUUCUUUACGCCGUUCCUCGAAACAAUGCCGAUCAGGGCGCCUUGCUUGCCGGCUACUAUCUCCUAGCCUUCCUUUUCGGUGGUAACCCUCUGGUCGUGACCUGGAUUGUUGGCAAUACGGCCGGAACUACCAAAAAGUCGGUCGCGAUGAGUCUUUACAACGCCGCCUCGUCUGCCGGCAAUAUCGUUGGACCCCUUCUCUUCGCCUCGAAAGAUGCGCCCGAGUACCACCCCGGUCUCCGUGCCUGUCUUGCCAUCUUUGCCACCAUGGUCGCUGUUGUGCUCCUCCAGUGGGUUAAUCUGUGGUUCCUCAACAAGCAACAAGCCCGCCGCCGAGUGCGCAAUGGAAAGAGUGCCGAGAUCAUUGAUCACUCUAUGCAGUCCCAUUUCCAUGGUAUUGGAGAGGCUCCCGAAGAGUCUGAGACUGGGCAGCACGUCGCUCAUGCGGGUGCACAUGUGGCCGAUGAUCUGACCGAUCGGCAGAAUGAUGAAUUUGUAUAUAUUUACUGAGAGGGGAUGAACGACUUACACGCGCAUAUCUAUUCUUUACAUCCCAGGGGCCCCGAGGGACAGCAAAUCAUGUUCCAUGCCUAGAAUUAUGACCCAAUUUAAAUAUUUUAGCUUCGGCUUGAGCUGGAAUUGCAUGACUCAUGAGUGAGCAACGCUGUCGGGGAAAUUGAGUCCAACACAGAGUAGGGUCCGAUCGCCGAUCGUAUCAUACUCCUAGUCACACGCACCAAACCUAUCCUUAGGUCAUGUUUGCAUGUUGAUUAUUAAGUGUCUUCUAUAACUACCGAGACUAUCAAC